CCAUUAUAGAAAAAAAUUGGAUUAUCGAAGAAUCUGAGCUUUCUUGUUCAAGGGGUUGGCAACUCCAUACCAUAAGCUCUCUUCUCUAUCGCCGAUUCCUUUCUCCAAGUUUCUCAGUUCCGUCGCCGGAGUUUCAACAACUACACUUGCUUUCACCUGAUUUGUUGUGCUUUAGAGAUGGGAGAGAGCGGGAACCUAGAGGCGUCGGUGGAUCGGCUUCUGAACGAAGAGAAGCAGAUGAGACUCGCCGAGAAUGUGGCCGGUACAAGGAAAGCCGCUACUGAGAUUCUCCAGCUCUGUUUCGAAGCCAAGGACUGGAAACUCCUCAACGAGCAGAUUCUCAAUCUCUCCAAGAAACGUGGUCAGCUCAAACAGGCUGUGCAAUCCAUGGUGCAGCAAGCUAUGCAGUAUAUUGAUCAGACUCCAGAUAUAGAAACUAAGAUCGAGCUUAUCAAGACGUUGAACAAUGUGUCUGCGGGGAAGAUAUAUGUUGAGAUUGAAAGGGCUCGCCUGACAAGGAGGCUUGCUAAGAUUAAGGAAGAACAGGGUCAGAUUGCUGAGGCUGCAGAUCUUAUGCAAGAAGUCGCUGUGGAGACAUUUGGCGCCAUGGCAAAAACUGAGAAAAUUGCAUUUAUCCUUGAACAAGUCCGCUUGUGCUUGGAUCGUCAAGACUAUGUCCGUGCACAAAUCUUAUCGAGGAAGAUCAACCCUAGAGUAUUUGACGCGGAUACGAAAAAAGAUAAGAAGAAGCCUAAGGAAGGUGAGAACAUUGUAGAGGAGGCUCCUGCUGAUAUACCAUCUUUGCUGGAGCUCAAGAGAAUUUACUAUGAGCUCAUGAUCAGGUAUUAUUCUCAUAACAAUGAGUACCUCGAAAUCUGCCGUAGCUACAAGGCAAUAUAUGACAUCCCUUCUGUAAAAGAAACCCCAGAGCAGUGGAUUCCCGUCCUGAGGAAGAUCUGCUGGUUCUUGGUCUUGGCACCUCAUGAUCCAAUGCAAUCAAGCUUGCUCAAUGCAACGUUGGAGGAUAAGAAUUUAUCAGAGAUUCCUGAUUUCAAGAUGCUUCUGAAACAGGUAGUGACAAUGGAGGUUAUUCAAUGGACAGCUCUCUGGAACAAAUACAAGGAUGAGUUUGAGAAAGAAAAAAGCCUGAUUGGAGGCUCUUUGGGUGACAAGGCUGGUGAAGAUCUGAAGCUGAGAAUCAUUGAACAUAAUAUUCUCGUUGUCUCAAAGUACUACUCCAGGAUAACGUUGAGGAGACUUGCAGAGCUUUUAUGCCUAAGCAUUGAGGAGGCGGAGAAGUAUCUCUCAGAGAUGGUAGUGUCGAAAGCACUGAUUGCGAAAAUAGACAGACCAUCAGGAGUCGUGUGUUUCCAGAUCGCAAAGGACAGCAACGAGAUUCUCAACUCGUGGGCAGUGAAUUUGGAGAAGCUCUUGGAUCUUGUUGAGAAGAGUUGCCACCAGAUUCACAAGGAAACCAUGGUCCACAAAGCCGUACUAAGAUCUUGAACAUGUGCUCUUCAUGAAACUUUUCAGGAUCUUCGCUGAGUUUAUUACCAACUUUGUGUUGAAAAAACUCGAAACAGCUGUUUCAUUGACAAGAUGUUUAAUGUAGUAUGGUUUUGUACACUAGUGGAGUUUUUGCCACUUGGUUUAUCAGCCAUUUGUUUUUUUCAGAUUAUCGUUGCUGAAAAAACUGAUUGCGAAAGAAAUAGAAAAAAAUUAGUUUAUGGUU